CGGCGGCAGUUGCGACGCCGACGUGAAGCGGUGCAUCGUGCGCGUCGCGCACUUGGCGAGUUCGCCGUUCCGAUUUCGCGAUCGUCUCUCGUCCGCGCGCGCGCGUGCGCGCGCGUUCAACACGAGUGGCAGGUGGCACAUGUCGAUCCCCGCAUUGUGAUAUCAACGAGCGACGGAAGAUGUGACGGAUCCGACGGCGACCUUGGCGGGACGGUGGAUCGUGACGUCAUGAGUCCUUAAACCCGCGAGAGAUCCACGAGGACAGCAAUGGGCCACGCGUCGACCAGAGAACAGCACGGACUACAGGAUCGCGCGGAUUAACCGGCCGAAGCGAGAGUCAUGGCGAGGUGGAGAUGGGUGCUGCUAAUCCUGACCACCGUCUGGACGCUGAGCGACGGCUACUUGGCGGUGCUGUCUUCCAACACGCCCGCCGGCACCGUCGUCUUCGAGGCCGGUGUGCCGCAGUUGGGCGGCCGCCGCAAGUACGAGGCGUCCAGCGAGCGCACCGCCUGGUUCGCCAGGAAACUCCUCAAGGUCCAUCCGCACACGGGCCGCGUGACCCUGGCGAGGAGUCUCAGCUGCGACGGUCUCCAGUACCCGCGCAUCUUCACCUUCUACGUCGACUCGACGAGCUCGAGGCUCGGUAGGCCCACCAUCGACUACUACAGCCUGCCCCUGAGAAUCCUGAUCACCGGAUGCGGCAACGAGAACCGCGACCUGGCAGCCACCAGAGGCUGGAUGGCGGAGACGUUGGCUUCUUACGCGAUGCCGAGCACUGACAGGUUCACCGAGGUGUGCCUGCGAACGUCUCAGCUGGUGGCGGCCCUCCGCGACUUCUUGCCCCAAACAGCCCUGAAGGAAUGCGAGACUAGAUGGGGCGGCGUGGCGGAUCCCAGGUUCCUCGUGGAAGGCGCCGCUGGGGACCUGGUGUCCGCCAGCGAACAGUGCCUGGUAGACCCGCUGUGGAAGGUCUCGGUCAGCAUGAACCUGCGUUGCACCGGGGACUCGCGUCUGACCGACGCCGAGCAUCGGCUGAAGAUCGUGUUUCAUCACCGCCAGCUGGACGACACUGACCUGGGCAGGAGGGUGAGAAGAGAGCUGAAGAACCAGUCGCCCUACUUCGAGCAACCCCUCUACGUCGCCGCAGUGGAGGAGGAGAAGGAGCCGGGAGUGUACGUGACCUCAGUGAGGGCAAGGGACCCUGAAAACGGCGCCGUCCGAUACUCCAUGAGUUCGCUGAUAGACGCGAGGUCACAGGCGUUGCUGGCUCUCGACCCGAUCACUGGAAGAGUGACGACUCGGGCGCGGCUCGACAGGGAGAACGUGGAUGUGCACUAUUUCCGGGUACUGGCAGUGGACGACUCUUUCCCUCCGCGCACCGGCACGACGACUCUUCAGGUUAACGUGUUGGACGCGAACGACCAUGCGCCCAGCUUCGAGUGGCCCGAGUACGACGCAUCGGUGCGCGAAGGAGUUCCCGUGGGCUCCACGGUGGUCACGGUCAAGGCCACGGACCAAGACACCGGUAGGAACGCUGAGGUGGAGUACUCCAUCGUGUGCACCACAGCAGGCGGCAGCACCGCGCACUCCGAGGAAGCGGCGAUUUUCAGGAUCGAUCCCAGAUCCGGCGUGGUGACGACGCGAACCGCGCUCGACCGCGAGCAAACCGAGGUUUACACGGUCCUGCUGAGCGUCACGGACCAAGCGACGCCGCCGUCCGCGCGACGGAGCGCGAACGCGACCCUGGUGGUGCGCGUGUUGGACGACAACGACAACUACCCGCAGUUCACCGAGCGCACGUACUCGGCGGCGGUGCUGGAGGACCUGGACUACACGACGAAUCCUAUAGUGGCCCGCAUCCGGGCUACAGACGCGGACGCCGGCAGCAACGCGGCGGUCCGCUACGCGAUCAUCGGCGGUAACACGCAAAACACCUUCUCCAUCGACUCGAUGAGCGGCGACGUCGCUCUGGUGAAGCCGCUCGACUACGAGUCCACCAGGAGCUACAAGAUCGUCAUACGCGCCCAAGACGGCGGCUCGCCGGCACGUUCCAACACCACCCAGCUGUUGGUGAUGGUCAGAGACGUGAACGACAACGCGCCGAGGUUCUACACCAGCCACUUCCAAGAGUCGGUGUCGGAAAACGUGCCGCUGGGCUACUCGGUGCUGAGGGUGCAGGCUUACGACGCCGACGAGGGUAAAAACGCGCUCAUCAGGUACACCAUCGGCGCACGCGACGUCACCGGAGCCUUCACGGAAAACUUUCCGAUCACGGUGAACACGGAGACCGGCUGGAUCUACACGACGAAGCAGCUGGAUCGUGAACAGUGCUCAAAAUAUCAGUUCACCAUAAUCGCGGCGGACUCCGGCGAGGAGGCAAAGUCAAUGAGCGCCACGGUGAUCCUCACGGUGACCGAUGUGAACGACAACGACCCUUACUUCGAGCCGAAGAACUACGAGGCGGUCGUAUCUGAGGACGAUCCUCCGGGCACACCGGUCACCUCGGUGACAGCCACCGACCCCGACGAGGACGCCAGGAUCCACUACGAGAUCACAGGCGGCAAUACGCGCGGGCGGUUUUCCAUCGCGUCGCAAAACGGCCGCGGGCUCAUCACGGUCGCCCAGCCGCUCGACUACAAGCAGGAGAAGCGAUUCGUGCUGACGGUGACCGCAUCCGACAGCGGCGGCCGCACCGACACCGCCUUGGUCUACGUCAACGUGUCGGACGCCAACAACUUCUCGCCGGUGUUCGAGAACGCGCCCUACUCCGUCUCGGUCUUCGAGGACGCGCCCGUCGGCGUGACCGUGCUGGUGGUCAGCGCCACGGACUCCGACGUCGGCAAGAACGCCCAGAUCACUUACAGUCUGGCCACCGACAGCGGCGAACAGGCGGUCAACGAGUUCAGCAUCAACUCGCAGACCGGCGCGAUCACCACCACCCGAGCGCUCGACCGGGAACUGGUGUCCUCGUACCUGUUGACCGUGACGGCCAGGGACGGUGGUGUGCCGCCGUUGUCGGACACCACCGACGUGGAAAUCUCCGUCACGGAUGUGAACGAUAACGCACCGGUCUUCGAAGCGCCGCAGUAUCAAGGUUCGAUCCCCGAAGACGUCUUGGUGGGCACCAGUGUGCUGAGGGUCGCGGCGACUGACGCGGAUUCUGACUUGAACGGCCGGGUGAAGUACGCUCUGGAGGACGACGGCGACGGUGCGUUCGCGAUCGACCCGACGACUGGCAUCGUGAGAACUGCGAAGUCGUUGGACCGGGAAUCGGUGGCGCGUUAUUCCCUGAAAGCCGUCGCCAUCGACCGCGGCUCCCCCGCGCUCUCAUCCGUCGUGCCCAUGAUCAUCAAGAUCGAGGACAUCAAUGACUCACCACCCGCUUUCGAGAACGACAAAAUCGUCCUUUACAUCGCCGAGAACUCGCCGGUCGGCUCGACCGUCGGCGAGAUCUUCGCUCAUGACCCUGACGAAGGCCCGAACGCGGUGGUGCAGUACUCCAUCAUCGGCGGCGAGGACUCCAACAGCUUCGCCUUGAACAUCAGGCAAGGCGCCGACCGGGCAGAGCUGAUCACCUUGGAGGAGCUCGACUAUGAGUCGCCAAAGAAGAAGUUCGAGCUGGUGGUGCGCGCGGCGUCGCCGCCGCUGCGCUCGGACGCUCUCGUGCAGAUCCUGGUGACCGACGUGAACGACAACGCGCCGGUGCUGAAGGACUUCCAGAUCAUCUUCAACAACUUCAAGGACUUCUUCCCAACCGCGCCGAUCGGCCGGAUACCGGCGGUGGACGCCGACGUCACGGACAAUCUCGUGUACAGCAUCCUCGCCGGCAACAACGCCAACCUCAUCGACCUGAACAAGACCUCCGGCGAGAUCCGGUUGUCCCCGCAACUCAAUACCAACGUGCCGCGAGUGGCGACCAUGGAGGUGUCCGUGACCGACGGUAUCAACGAGGCGAAGGCCACGAUGACGUUGUCGGUGCGACUGAUCACCGACGAGAUGCUGCUCAACUCGAUCACCGUGAGACUGGACGACAUGACGGUGGAAGCGUUCCUCAGCCCGCUUCUGGGAUACUUCCUGGAUGGUCUAGCGGCGAUCAUACCUUGCCCACGUGAGAAUAUCUUCCUCUUCAGCAUCCAAGAGGACGCGAACGUGCACGGCAAGAUCUUGAACGUGAGCUUCUCGGCGCGGAAGGUCGAGCCAGGCACGGUCGACGAGUUCUACAGUCCGCAGUUUCUCCAGGAGCGAGUCUACCUGAACCGCGGUAUCCUCGCGAGACUCGCCACGGUCACCGUUCUGCCCUUCGACGACAACCUGUGCGUACGGGAGCCCUGCUUGAACUUCGAAGAGUGCCUAACGGUGUUGAAGUUCGGCAACGCGUCCGGCUUCGCCAGCAGCGACACCGUGCUCUUCCGGCCGAUCUACCCGGUGACUACGUUCGCCUGUAGAUGCGCUCGCGGCUUCACCGGUAGCCGUGAAGCUUAUCUCUGCGACACCGAGGUGAACCUGUGUUACUCCAACCCCUGCGCGAACGGCGGCACCUGUCGCAGGCGAGAGGGCGGCUACUCGUGCACCUGCUCACCCGACUUCACCGGUGAGAACUGCGAGAUCUCGCUAGACCACGACGGCUGCUCGCCCGGAGUCUGCAAGGGCGGCUCCCAAUGCACCAUGAAGAACUCCGGCGGCUUCACCUGCGAAGGUUGUCCUGUGGCCGCUUCGGAGAGCGUGACGCCUCUCUGCGAGCUGAGAGCGCGCAGUUUUGGCCCGGCGACGUUCCUCACCUUCGCCUCGCUCAGGCAACGUCAUCGCUUGCAUCUCAGGUUAAAGUUCGCCACUGAACUGGCCGAUGGACUACUGCUCUACAACGGCAGGUACAACGAGCGUCACGACUUCAUCGCUCUGGAGGUCGUAGACUCGAAAGUGCAGUUCAGCUUCUCCCUCGGGGACGAGGUGACUCGAGCCACGGCGAGUAUACCCGGCGGUGUUUCGGACGGUCGAUGGCACGAGGUGGAGGUUUCCUACAUCAACAGAACGGUCACCGUGUCUCUGGACGACUGCGACGUCGCGCUCGCUUUGGAGCACGGGGAGAGACUGGGGCCAAGAUGGGCCUGCGCAGGCAGGGACGAGAGAAUCCUCGAGGAACGCUGCGGUCUCGUCACCGAGACCUGUCACAGAUUCCUCGACCUGACAGGGCCGUUGCAACUGGGCGGUCUGCCGGCGAUUCCGUCCAGCUUUCAGAUCAGAAACAAGGACUACAUCGGAUGCAUCAGCGAUCUCUAUGUCGAUCAUGUGUUUGUCGAUCUCAAUUCCUUCGUGGCUGACAACGGGACCAACGCUGGCUGCCCCGAGAAAACCGCCUUCUGCGCCUCGUCACCUUGCAGGAACAACGGAAGGUGUCGCGAGGUGUGGUCCGGCUUCGUGUGCGAGUGCGAGGACGACUUCGCCGGACCGACCUGCUCCGAGGAGGUCGGCAAGCCGUGGAGUUUCCACGGCGACGGUAUGCUCAGCUUCAACCCGCUACUACGACCGAUACAGCUGCCUUGGCUGACCGCGCUCAGUCUGCGAACGCGGGCACAGCAGGCGUACGUCAUGAGCGUGCAAAUCGGCCAGAACAGCUCAGCCCUGCUCGAGAUCCGCGACGGGAAGCUGGUAGCCUCGCUGGACGGCGCCGACGUCAUUCGCAGCGCCGGCACCGUCGCCGACGGCGAAUGGCACCGACUGGAGAUCGUCUGGCAGAGCGGCCACGUGUCUCUGGACGCGGACUACCGCGAUCGACCCAUCAUCUUGCCGCUACCAGCCAAGCUGCAGGGUCUCUACGUCGGUAGAAUCCUCGUGGGCAGUCCCGACCAGGCGACCAACACCGAGCUGGCCUUCUUCGACGGCUGUCUGCAGGAUGUGCGUAUCGGGACCAACCAGAGCAUCCUCCAGAGACCGACGGUUCAAGAGAACGUCGGUGCUGGCUGUCCCUCGGAGUCUGAAUGUAGCUUGGACUGUCCGGAAGCGUCCGUCUGCGUGACCAAGUGGCAAUCCAGCGAAUGCGUCUGCGCCGCUGGCCGUGUCGGGCGUAGUUGCGAACGGGUCUGCGAUCUCGAGCCCUGCAACGGCACUGGCACUUGCGUCGAGGAUGUUACCGACGCGAGGCGCGGUUAUCGCUGCGACUGCAACUCGCCGGAGUACUCCGGUGACUACUGCGAGAUCAAGGCUGAUCAGCCUUGCCCGGCGACCUGGUGGGGCUCGCCUGUGUGCGGGCCUUGUCACUGCGACGAGGCCAAGGGUUACGACCCGGCUUGCAACAAGACCACCGGAGAGUGCUACUGCAAGGAGAAUCACUACCAACCGUCUGGGCUCAAGGAGUGCAUACCCUGCGAGUGCUACACGACCGGCAGCUUCGGCCCGCGUUGCGACAGCGAGGCCGGCCAAUGUCGUUGUCGAACCGGGGUGAUUGGUCGAUCGUGCACGGACUGUCCGAAUACUUACGCCGAGGUGACGCUGAGGGGCUGCGAGGUAGUCUACGACGGCUGUCCUAGGUCGUACUCGGACGGUCUCUGGUGGCCGAGGACACUCUUCGGGAUGACAGCCAUCGAAGAUUGCCCCGGCACUGCCGAGGGUAAGACUUCCAGGUCGUGCGACGACAAGCUAGGCGGCUGGCAAUCACCUGACCUCUUCAAUUGCACCUCAGAGGCGUUCGUCGAGCAACGGCAUCAGCUGGCGGCCUUGGAGAGCAAGGAUCUCACGCUAAACACUUACGUAGCCGUGAAGAUGGCGAAGGACGUUCACAGGGCGGUGAAUGUCACCAAAGAGAUGUACGGUGCGGACCUCCUGGUGGCGGAAUCCUUGUUAAUAGCGCUGCUACGUUACGAGGAGAGCCUGGUGGGACUAAAUCUCACUCAUAGUCAAGACAAGGAUUAUGUCGCCCAUCUGGUCGGCAUAGCCGGAGCGGUUCUGAGAUCUAAGUAUAAGGAGAAGUGGGAUAAGAUUGUUGAACUUAACGGAGACAGUCCGGAUAAGGUUCUGGACGCUAUGGCGACGUACCUGAAGACCCUAACGGCGUCUCAACACGACACGUUCACCAGCCCCUUCGAGGUUGUCGACGGUAACGUUGUGCUGGGUCUGGACGUGGUCACUUCGGAGAGUCUCUUCGGUUACGAGACCGCCGAGUACAAGGAGGAUCCCACAUUGUCAACAGCGAGGCCUUCGGAAGCUGACCGGAAGGUUGUUCUACCCGACACCUCCGCCUUCCUCAGCUCUCCAACACACUUAGGUCCGUCCGUUAGUUUCCCAAAAUACAACAAUUACAUGGCCGACCCCGGUAGAUUCGAUCCUCACUCGAAGAUCCAAGUACCGCUCAAUACGUUAGGCAUCAAACCCCUUAUGCAAGGCGAGCUGAAUGUGAAGAACAGUCUCACUAAUCGGAAGGCUGUGUUGAGUUAUGUGCAAUAUAAAGAACUUGGGAAUUUGUUACCGCAGAGAUUCGACGAUUCGGUGGCAGUUAGAUGGGGCGUGGAAGUUGCAGUCGGUUCACCAGUGAUGACCGUGUCGGUGUUGGUCCCCUCGGAGAAGGGUUACGAAUCCUUGACGGGAAUUCCUUUGCAAACUCCGAUCCAGGUUAGACUCUGGCUCACUGAGAACGACGAUUUCAAGACCAGAACGAAUCCACAGUGCGUCCACUGGAGCACAGCGCGAGGGGUCGGCGAAUGGAGUCGCAUGGGCUGCACCACGGAAAUCGAGGAUAACUCCUUGGCCUUCGGCACUAUCGUCAACUGCUCCUGCAUGCAACUGUCCACCUUCGCCAUCCUGACAGACGUCCUCGACCUGGAAUACGUCCCGGAGCCGUCCCUGCUGGAAGAUGUGACCAGUUACAGCGCGUUCAUGCUCGCCUUGCCGUUGCUGCUAGCCGCCCUCUUGAUCCUGGCGUUAAUUCGCGGCGGAGGCACCAACUCGAACAGCAUCCACAAGAAUUUGGUCCUGUGCGUCCUCUUGGCGGAAACUCUGUACCUGAUUGCGCUCAAAGCUAGAAACCCUCUCAUAUCCAACGAGUUUCCGUGCAAGCUCACGGCGAUAGGACUGCAUUACUCUUGGCUGAGCACCUUCGCUUGGACCCUCGUGGACUCUGUUCAUCUUUAUCGAAUGCUGACGGAGAUGAGGGACGUCAAUCACGGUCAGAUGAGGUUUUAUUACACCAUGGGAUACGGUCUGCCAGCUGUUAUCGUCGGGCUCACUAUCGGCGUCAGAGCUGAUCAGUACGGAAAUUUCUACUUUUGCUGGCUGUCGAUCUACGAGACCGUGAUCUGGUCUUUGAUAGGGCCGGUGUGCGCGGCCGUGUUGGUGAACUUUUGCAUUCUUAUCAUGUGCAUCCGCGCGGCGUUCACUCUGAAGGAGCACGUCAUGGGCUUUGGUAAUCUGAGAACGCUCCUGUGGCUGUCCGUGGCGUCGUUGCCGUUGUUGGGCUCCACGUGGACGCUGGCGGUUCUCAACGCGUCCGAGAACUCGUCGACGCUGUCGUACCUGCUGAGCGUCGCGAUCGUGGUCCAUGCGGCGUUCAGUCUGAUUGGCUACUGCUUCGUCAACGGCAGAGUGAGGAGGAAUUUAUAUCAGAGUCUGUUGAGAUGCAUGGGCAAGAAGACUCCUCUGCUGGAAGGAAGCAUGGGCAACGGGAGUAGCAGUCAAAACGUAAAUGGCCACUCGCGUUCCGCCUUAGCCUACUCGUCGACCUACAGUGGAGCCGAGUCCGUGUGCAGAAGAGUCCACGUCGGCGUCUCCACGAGCAGCACAACCUCGAGAAGUACAAACAAGACGGGCUCGAGCCCGUAUCGUAGUGAUACGCACUUGAGGCACACGUCGACGUCCACGAGCAACUACAACAGCGAUCGCGAUCAAUAUCUGUCGUCGAGGAGUCACAGGUCCGCGCUACAGUCUCGACAAGAAUCCACGGAGGUCACGAGAGGUCAGCGCAGAGAAUCGGAAUCAGACUCUGACGGCUCGCAAGCCGAAGGGGGCGGCAGGAGCUUGGACCUCGCCAGCUCGCACAGCUCCGACGAGGACGACGUGACGUCGAGGUCGCACAGGAACAUGGGCGUUUCCACGCAGCAACACGUCAGUCACAGCUACCUGCCCAACAUUCACACCAAUCCCGCCGAACACCUGAACAUACUUUGCUCAAACGCCGAGCUGUUCCCUAAUAUCAAACCCAUCUACGCUCCCCGGUGGAGCUCGCAACUGCCGGAGGCGUACUUGGCGUCGAACGUAAUGGACGUGCGAGGUAGCCAAUGGUCCGGCGGCACCAUGUCGGACAACGAGAUGGCCUCGAACAAGACGUCCAGCCCGAACCCACUGCCGUACCCGGACAUGAGCCCGCCGCAGAAGAGUCAGCCGGAUGAGAACUACUCGGAGGGCGAGGAGAAGGUGCACCACUUGGGCGAAAAGUAUCUGUUCCCGUAUACCGCCGAGGAGGACCACACGGUGUCGCCCACGCCGUACAUGCUGUCCAUGUCGUCGCGCAUCCUGGCGUCCAGCAUGAGCCACCAUUCGCAGAAUUCGAAUCACGAGAACCUGAGCGGCUCCGAGCGCUACGGCAGCCUGAAGAGAGGCCAAAGCCUGCACAGUUCUCAGCAUGACAACCUCAGCGGGUCCGAGAGGUACGGUAGCCUGAAGCGCGGCGGCAAGAGGACGCCCACGGUGUUGGAGGACACGCCGGAGUACAUCCUGCCGAUGAGCGGCAGGAUACUGUCCAGCUCGUUGACCCACGACCUGCAGCACAGCAACGAGCUGGCGGCGUUGAGGCAGCAUCAGCAGCAGCAACAGCAGCAGCAGCAGCAGCAAUAUGAGCAGACUAUCACCGAGACUGAGUGGCGUUGGAACAUUCUAACAUAACUCUAUCUUUUCUGUGAUCCGUGCUUGCACUGACGACUAAAACCACCAGCGAGGAGGUAAGCAUGACGAAAAUCUGCGAAAAUCGCUCUUUCGAUCUGAUCUUGAAGAGUCGCGCGACGCGAUUGUCUCUAUAUACGUUCGCCGAUUUUACCUGUGCUCAUUAGUUCGGCCAGCUUCGAGUAAUCGUGAUCGUCAUCAUUGGUUUCAGGAAGGAUACUAAUGCGGAAACGUCCGUCUGACGAGCUCCGUGCCACAAACAAGAACAACGUACAAAGUAAUUUAGCUUACACUUAGCUUAAGUGUCCACGCGCAAUAAAGACUCGAGAACGCGAUCAUCGAUAUACAUAUAUAUAUAUAUAUAUAUAUAUAUAUAUACAUAUAUAUAAUAAUAACAUAUAUAUACAUAUAUAUUUUAAGAAGCGGCCAUGACUGUACUUAUAUACUUAGCCAUAUUAAUUAGCAUGUAUGUGUGAGUGCCUGUUCAUAUUACCGCAUCCGCAAGGUCCGUCGGAAUGAUCGCGACGAAGGGAGAUAAACGUUACACCGGGAUACCUGCCGAUGCUCGAGCCGAUAACAAGCGACCGGAUCGCCUGAAAAAAUUGACGACUACUUAUUAUAUAUACGGAGCGAGAGUCUGGAAAAAUAUCGCGGUGUUAUAUUUAUCUAAUCGAGCCAGUCGAAAGAUUCGCUCAACGUAGCGCGCAGAAACGCGCGAAGUAAGAUCCCGUCGAUUUGUAAAUUAUGUUUAACGAGCUCGCGCUCGAACUCGCAGCCGACAAAUUAUCGACUCGCGACUAUGUCCUUGCACGGAGCUCUUCGAUCGCCCCGGUCGACCCGCGUAUAGAUA